GUUUAUCAACACUAGCCUGAAAAAUAUGUAAACAAAACAGAAGUAAAAGUGCAUAAAAAUUGAUGAAAAAAUCAUUAAAAACCCAAAAAAGCGGGAUAAAAACAAUGUGGUACCAUUUCGCGGAGUGUUGGCCAUAAUAUAAAACCAAAGUGCUAGCGGGAAGCAACUAAAACCGCUGCAGUUAACGAAAAAUCCAUAGGAAUCCGAUCGGCAGCAAACUGUUGACCCCGCCGACCCCACCGCCCACCACCCCCUUGACACGCCUCCUCCGCAAAGUGGGCGCUGUGUGACAUACAUGCGCGUGUGUGUACGCCCCCAAAAAGCCAACAAAACCGUAACGAUUCGUCAUCGAUUUACGGCGGAACCAAACCAAACAAUGCGACUCCGUUGAAAAUUGGACAAAUUAAAACCGAAAACGAAAUCUAUAAAAAGCUAGCGUCGGCCUUGAAAUAGCAAUUGAUUUGUUUACCUGUCCAGAAAAUGCGCGAUUUAUAGGGCUUAGAAAAAAAAAAGAAAACGCCAUAGAGCUGCACACAACAAAGAACAAUUCCGUUUGGAGACCCCGGACCUUAGACAACCUUGAGUUCUCGGAAUGGAUGAUAAUCUGAGCACCAAGUCCUCGGAAUCCUCGAUAACGACCAGCGGGGAGUACGAAAUCGUUACGGACAGCAAUGUGGCCAGUCCCACGGAGCAGGUGAAGGAGGUGGUCAAUCAACAAAGGACUAAACAGGAGGUAACCGCGGGCUUGGGAGGGAAACCACCCACUUCCCUGAGUGCUCUGGCCUUGUCUUCGCCCGAAGCUGGAGGAGAUCGCUCGCCCACACUGGACAUGGCCCACAAUCGCAACCUAAGCGACAUGCAGCACGAGAUGACGGACGCUCUAAGGGAUCUGGAGCUAGAACGUGGAGUAGCUGGGGAGAAGACCGCGCAACGUCUGCCGAGUCAGCAGCAAAAGUCCCUGACCCUGCCCCUAACGGGCUCCGGCGGAAGAUCUAGAGCUGCCGAUCCCGAGAUGCGUUUCCCUUGCACCCUGUUCUCGCCCAAGAGCGAGGAGACCCUGGACGAUGCCUCCAGUUCGAACAGAGUGGGUCACUCGGUGUUCUACGACUGUAUGGACGCCAGUCCCGCCUGCGUGGAGGAGAAGAAGGAUGCCAUCAAGCCGGAGAAGGGCGACACCACCGACGAGGAGGUGUCGGAAAUCGAUCAGGGCUGCACCAUAUUCUCCGGAGUCACUUACCUGGGCGCUGCCAACAUCAAUGCCCCAAAAUCUGAGCCGGAAGUCUACCGCAUUAUGGGCGAGCUGAACAGUGGCUCCAAGUUGGUGGGUCUCAAGAUCACCGUGAGCAUUCCGAACUGCUCUGAUGGCCUGGUGGUCCUUCACGAUGCGGAGAGCAAUACGAUUAUUGCCACCUAUGAGAUAUCCAGCAUUAUUUUAUACUAUCGAGGACCCGUGGACACCGUGGAAAACGGUUGCUUCGCAUUCACUUGGCUGCAUGGUGAUGCUCUGUUCCAGUGCCAUGUAUUCCGUUGCCAUAUUCCCGAGGCGGUCAAUCAAGUCAGCGCCUGCUUCCAGAAGGCAUUCCAGACGUACCCGCCCAGCAUGAGUUGCAGCCUCAACUCAGCCGUGGACAUGGCCAACUCGGUGACAUCGGAUGUAAGCGGGAAUCCCUUGAACACCGCUGGUUAUGAGUUCAUAGUCUCCUUGGAGAUUCGCGAGAGGGUCGCCAAGAACUCAUAUGCUGCAGUUCCGCGGGACAGGGGCUGCUUUAAGUUGCGGGCAAAUACAGAUAAGGAGGUGUGCAUCACAGUCAAACAGACUCCGUCGAAUAUUCUUCAACCGUUGCAUAUCGAGCGGUGUUUUGGUGUGCUCGUUGCACCCGGGAAACUGGUGGUCCAAAAGGAUAUGCAUCUUAUUGACAUGCACAGCAUGGGCUACGUACCUCCGGGUGGAACAGGAGGAGUCACUACCGAAUCGGAUAGCAACGCUCAGCCGAACUCCGCCUGGCCCUACACCAUUCGAGCCGAGUGGAAAGCCCAGGAGAAGGCCUUUGAGCAGUUGAACCUUGAGUCGUCUAAGACCAAUCUUACCGUGGCCGUGGACAUCGUUAUGCGUCGAAUCCAGGAACCAGUUAGGUUCGUUAUUGAAACCCCAGUGACCAUUCAGUCGGCCAGCGAAAUGCGCAUUAUGGACCACUUUAUGUCGAAAAGGCCGAUGACGCUUCGGUUCUAUUUGCACUUGAAGCGCACAGAUGAGUCCAACUGGAAGGUGAACAGCAUUGAUCCUUCGGAGGAGAUCACAGAACAGCCGGGAAACCAGCAGAGCUCCUCACUGCUCAAGCUGGGCAUGAAUAACCUUUCGCGCAUGGUGCGCAGUUCGUCCAUUGCCUCAAUUGAGGAUGAUUGUCCCACGGAUUACAGUAGUGAUGGGGAUGAGCCGCUGCUGAGUGGCACUGGUGAGGUCUCCAAGGAUUGCUCGCAGGACACGCUCGACGAGUGGGAUCCCAUUCUGCGGGAGUGGGAUGGCGAGAAGAGGCCCAAAAACCUGGCGCCCCUAGUUCGUCUCGGUGUUCCAGAGGCGCUGCGUGAGAAGAUCUGGCAAAAACUGGCCAAUGUCGAGCGCAGGCUGGAGAUGAACGAUGAGUACAAGAUUCUGAUCACCAAAGAAACAAAGUGUGAGACCGUCAUACAGCGGGACAUCCAUCGCACUUUUCCGGCGCACAAAUGCUUCAAAGAAACUGGUGGAUCUGGUCAGGAUGCCCUUUUCAAAGUGUCCAAAGCGUAUGCGGUACACGACAGCGAGGUCGGCUAUUGUCAGGGUCUGAGUUUCAUUGCAGCCAGUCUGCUGCUUCAUAUGCCCGAGGAGGAUGCGUUUUGCGUUUUGGUUGCUCUGAUGUACGACUAUGGGCUUCGUGAUCUGUAUAAAGCGGGAUUCGAGGUCCUUUACCUGCGUCUCUACCAACUGGAGCGUUUAAUCAAGGACCAGUUGCCCAAGCUGCACGAGCACUUCACAGCCUGCGGCAUUGAGACUCACAUGUACGCCUCCCAGUGGUUCCUAACUUUGUAUACGGCCCGCUUCCCGCUGUGCUUUGUAUUCCAUGUGCUGGACGUUUUCCUGCUCGAUGGACUUCCCGUGCUGUUCCAGGUGGCUGUGACACUGCUUUCAAUCUGCGAGUCUGAUUUGCGGCAGCUCGACUUCGAAGGCAUUCUGAAGUAUUUCCGUGUCACGUUACCAAAGAAAUGCCGAAGCUCCAGCCAGGCACGCAAAGUAAUGAAACAAGCCUGUGAGCGUAAGAUCAAAAAGCUGAAGCAGUACGAGGAGGAGUUUCUCCUGAAGAAGCAGCACAAGGAGCGGCUGGAGAAGGAGGCUUUGAUCUACGAAAACCGAUUCGGCGAGGAGAGGCGCAAGAUGCAGGCCGAAAUCGAUGCGCUUAACAAACAACUGACGUCCGCCAAGGAGCGAGCUCUGGAGAAGGAGAAGAAGCACACAGGCAUUAUACAGGAAUACAAGCAGAUCAUCCAGCGACAGGAACAGGACAUGAACACGCUUAGCGAGACAUUGGGCAAGGUGAUGCACAUGGUUUCCAAUUGCCGGGAUUGCCAGCAGCAUAUCGACGCCGGCAACGACAAUGCCAAGUCUUCUGGGACCGGCGGCUCCAGGCGACAAACAGAUGCCAUGCGGAAUGCCAAUGAGCAUCCGCUCGGACCACUAGACCCGCUUAAUGCCGCCUCGCAGCGCAUCCGUGAACUGGAACUGGAAUUGGCCCAGGCAAAGCUGGCCCAAGUGGAGGCGGAGUGCAAGAACCAGGACCUGAACCAUCAGCUCAGCAACACGCUCAGUGAACUGCAGACCAACCGCAACAGCUGGCAGCCGUGGCUCUCGAAGACCUUCAACUCGCUGCAGGAGAAGGUGACCACCCGUGGCGGUGGUCAUCGGGAUAAUGGCAGUGGCGGACCCACGCCCACAUUCCAGUCCUACAUGGGCCAGGCGCCCACGACCCUCAGCGAGGCCAGCUCCCCGAGCGGCAAUCAGGAGUACAAGACCUUUGCAUUGUCACCGAAGUUGCCAAGCAACUUUCUGGCCACCAAGCUGCGCAACAGCAACAGCGGCAGUCUGCAAAGUAUGGCGGCUCCUCUGCUCACCGGCAAAUCGCUCGCCGAGAAUCUCAACCAACAACUGCAGCAAUAGAGUUAUCGGAAUGAAAAGCUGAACGCAGAUACAGAGACGUAGGUGAUUCUGGAUAGCAGACCUGCGGCAUUGACUACGCCUUGGUAUUAUUUAUCAUAUUCGUCUAUAUAUACAUAUACAAAUGUGCAUUUUGAUUUCCAUAUAUAAGCGAGUAAUAGAUUUUUAUUAUUUUGCACCUUUGAGGCACCCUAAAUUCCAGAGCUUGUCAAUAUAUGCCCUUGAUCAAUUAAAGGAUUGGGACGUAUCUUUUAGGAGCUUUGUUGUUGUGUUAUGAAUUGAUCUGGGGCAUAUAUUAACUGGCUCUGGCGAAUGCUACACGCAUAACGCUAUACAUGAAUAAAUAUAUAACCAAUAAAAUGCUAAAUAUUAAUGUAAA